CGGGGCGCAGACACGUCGAGGGAGCCCGGUCUUCUCGCAUCUGCCUCCGUGUCCCCGAGGCCGGGCCAUGCGGUGAGGACCCCGGCCUGGCCAGACGCGACUCGGCCCGAGCCGACUGGACGCCGGGACCUGCAGACGCCAGGGACUCCGGAUACCCAGGACCCGCGACAUCCCGGGACCGCCAACCCCGGGACCCGCCGCCGCCGCUAAGAUGCCCCGACGCUGCGCCCUCCUGCUCGCAUCCCUGCUCCUCGCCGCCGCGCUUUCAGCCACACCCGCGCUCGGGUCACCGGCAAAGGAAAAGAGAGGCUGGACCCUGAACAGUGCUGGUUACCUUCUUGGUCCACAUGCCAUUGACAGCCACAGAUCACUUCAGGACAAGCAUGGCCUCAGUGGCAAGAGGGAGCUCCAGCCGGAAGACGGAGCAAGGCCAGGCAGCUCUGACAGACCUCUGGCAGAGGGCAGUGUUGUGCGCAUGAUUGUCGACUUUCUGACCUUCUUGCACCUGAAAGAGGCCGGGGCCCUGGAGCGCCUGCCCGAGCUGCUGUCUGCCGUCUCCCCAGAAGACCUGAGCAGCCCCGAGGAAGCUGUCCAGGCAUAGCCCUCCCAGUGCCGUCCUCGGAGCCAGCUUUGGAGUGAUGGAUGACCUCAUGCCAAUCGCCCUGAGUAGCCCGUCCCAUCCUCUGGGCUGCGCUGCUGCGUCGUGAUCAUUUAAGAUGUUUUUCCUUUGGUGAUUAUUUUACUUUGAGUGGCAAAAUAAAGGCUAGCAACU